AAAAGAGAAUGUUCUCUGUUUGGGUUUUUCGUGGUGGUUGCUGUGGGCAUUUUUGCAGCUUCAAUCUGAAAAUGCUGAGAAAGGGAAGGGGGGAGUAUGUAAGAGACGGAGAGAGAGGAAGAAUGAAGGAGGGGGGUGAGUGAUUAUGUGUCAAAAGAAGGGAUUUUAGAUUCAGUCUUUAAAAAGCUCUGGCACUGAGUUCAGAAGUUCCCAAACUCAAAACUUCCAAACCUGGACAGUCACAACGAGUGAGUGAGGAUGGUACAAAUCCAGAGCGGGAAACUGAACAACAUUUCAGAGGGUAAAUAAACAGAGAGGAUGUUUCUGGUUCUGAGCUGUGCUGAGCGCAAAGUAAGCGAGGAAUAAAAGAGGAAACAAUCUCCCCCUCCAGGCUGACAUCUGGACAGUGUUGCUUUUAAAUCUACUGCAUUUUUUUUGCAAACAGCACUACAAGUAUGCUGUUGUAGAAUAAGAUCUCCCUGGAACAACUCAUCAAGCAAAGAAAAAAAGGAGCCAAGAAGCAGAACUUGAACUUCAGAAAAGUUUGGACAAGUGCAAAUCCGAGUGAAGCACUCUCAUCCGACCUGCUUCUAGAGGAGUGCCCACGCGAUUUCAUCCUUCCCUGGAUUAUAACUUUCCUACCGUCAGCAUUUUCCUGGGAUGGGCUGGCUGCUGUGUCUGUGUUACCUGGCAGCAGCAGUAGCUGUGGCUAUUGGCUCGGAAAGACGAAAGCACCAGGUGCAGCAUGGCCCCUGCCACUACACUUUUAUCCUUCCAGAGGUGGAGCAGUGCCGGUCUGCAGGGGACUUCCAGGUGACUAACUCCCUCCAGCGGGACUCGCCCUCAGCCCCAGAGUCGCCCCAUGCUGAACCCACCUGGCAGGAAAGGAAGCUGGAGACCCUAGAAAGUGCUACGGAGAACAAUACACAGUGGCUGCAGAAGUUGGAGAGCUAUAUACAGGAGAACAUGAGAUCAGAGAUGGAGCGGAAUGUCAUUCACACUCAGACAGCCACCAUGCUGGAGAUCGGAACCAAUCUUCUAAGCCAAUCAGCAGAAAACACACGCAAACUCACAGAUGUGGAGACACAGGUGCUGAAUCAAACUAGUCGUCUGGAGAUCCGGCUGCUGGAAUACUCUCUGAGCACCAACCGACUGGAGAAGCAGCUCUUAGAGCAAACCCAGGAGGUCUCUCGCCUGAAUGACAAAAACAGCUAUCUGGAACAGCGUUUUGCUGCCAUGGAGGCCAGGCACAGCAGAGAGCUUCAGGCCAUCCAGCAGGAGAAACAGCAGCUGUUGGCACUGCUGGACAGACAGAAUCACCUGGUCAGCCUGCUGGAGGGAGAACUGGCCAGCUCCACUCGUAACAGCACACUGCUCCAACGACAGCAGGCCACACUCACUGACACAGUGCAGCAGCUACUGGCUAUGGUCACUCACUGUAAUGAUAUUUCCACUCCAGUUGAAAAGGAGAUGUUGAAGUUCAGAGACUGUGCUGAGAUAUUCAAAUCUGGAGUUACAGAAAGUGGAAUAUACAGCAUUCAUCUUCCUAACUCCACCCAGAAAACUAAGGUAUUCUGUGACAUGAAAACUAGAGGGGGAGGCUGGACUGUCUUUCAGCAUCGCUAUGAUGGAUCCGUUGAUUUUAACCGUGGCUGGAAUGAUUACAAACUGGGAUUUGGAGAUCCAUCGGGAGAACACUGGUUAGGAAAUGAUGCCAUCCACCUGCUUACAACAUCAAAAGACUACACUCUCCAGGUCCACCUCAAAGACGCAGAGGGACAGCAGGCUUAUUCUGAAUACGACCAUUUCUACAUAGAUGGAGAGGAUAAGAAAUACAGUCUCCAUGCAAGUGGUUUCAGUGGUACAGCUGGACGCACCAGUAGUCUUACCCACUCAGGAACUCUGUUCAGCACUAAGGAUCAGGACAAUGACCAGUGCAGCUGCAAGUGUGCUCAGAUGGCCACAGGAGGGUGGUGGUUUGAAGCAUGUGGUCCUUCCAAUCUCAAUGGGAUAUACUAUUCUGGAGGCUCCAAUGUGAUACGGUAUAACAGUAUAAAGUGGUACUACUGGAAAGGGCCGAGCUGGAUGGCGACCAUGACCACUAUGAUGAUACGGCCUGUAGACUUCUAAAAGCAUGAAGAGGCUCUCACAAAUGGGUCAUUUGACUUUACUGACAGCCAAAUUAUCCAAACAAGCUGGUGACAUCAAUGAAAAUUAUGGACAACUUGAGCAUUGGACAGCUUAUGCCCAUGCCAUUGUAGCCAUUCAAUCUGUCUCCGUUUUGUUUGUUUAGUCUGGCGAAACAGACACAAAUUGCACCAUAAAUGUUUUAUCUCCCUGUAUAGCAAACUCUUCCAAUGAAAAAUGCAAUGAACUGGAAUGGCUGAUCAGUGCUCACAUUUGUAGUUGAUAUUUGAGCCCAAUGUCUGUCUGGUAAAACACUAACCUAUCUUCCUCCUCCAUCCAGUGGAACACCGGCUCUCCUGAGAUUUCUUCUAGUGCUUUUAAAGGGUUUAAGAGAGAAUACCUCUAUAAAAGCGUUCAAGUCUCUGAAACAGGUGUAUGUUUUUUAAGCAUACCUUUCAUUAUAAAUAUAUAUAUUUGUAAUAAAACAACAGACAUUAAAUCAGACUUUCCUGCAGAAUCCUUUACAACCUUCCAUACAAUACAGGCCUAUGGGAAUAUUCCUUCAUUACAAACUUAUAUGUUUCAUGAUAUGUAAAUAUGUAAUAUGUUAAAUGUAUGCUUAGCAAAAAAGUCUGUUUAAAACAGAAAAAAAUGUGAUACUGACGUGACUGAAAAUUAUAAUUUGUGAAUAACUUGCAGUUAAGUAUGUGAGAAGUAUUGAUUCAGUAAAUGCUCAAUCAUUUCAAAUGAGUGAAGUGAAGGAUUCGUCGACUGAUUCAAACCGGUAAGUCAUCAAACUAUUCAUUAAACUACUGUACUCAUUCAUUUGGGAAUCAGAUUUUUAUUUAUUUAGUUAACUAAAAAGAACCAACUUAUAAGUGUUAUUUGUUCGUGAAUCAGGCUACACUGGUUGUGGUGUUUGUUUUUGAUUCGCCAAAAGAAACAACUUAAAAAGAGACAUUCAUUCGGAAGUCAGAUAACACUGGUCAAAUUGCAUAAUUUUGAAUCAUUAACAGGUUUGUAGGAGUCAUUCAUUCGGAAAUCAUACUUGAAGGUUUUGAUUGAAUCACUUGAAAGAACUGGGUCAUUUAUUCGGGAAUCUGGUUACACUGGUCCUGGAUUUUGAUUUACAAAUAAGAACCGGUUCUCAAGAACUAUUCAUUUGGUAAUCACACUAUACUGUUCACACUGUAUGUUUUUAAAUCACUCAAAAGAACCAGUUCAUAGGAAUCAUUCAUUUGGGAAUCAAACUAGAUUCACAGCGUGGUUGUUUCUGAUUCACUUAAAAGAAGAGUUUCAGAAGAGUCAUUCAUUCGGAAAUCAAACGACAUGUCGCACUAUGUGUUCUGAAAAGGCGGAUCUAAAAAGAUCCACCUUUUGAAGAGUCAUAUAUUGGUGAAGCACUACACUGGACAUGCUGUAUGUUUGUUUUUUCAUAAAGCCCGUGACAACAGCUCAACAUAAAGACAUUUCUUGGCAUUAUUUCACAGCAUGCUUCUUUUUAUUGCAUUCGA